CAGCAGCGGCUCUCCGAGAGACCGAAGCUCUUCUCGGUAUCGGUGAGCGACUCCUCAGCCACAGAUCCGGCCUCGGAACGUCUUCGACUCUCAUGUAUCGUAAUCAGUACGAUAAUGAUGUCACGGUGUGGAGCCCGCAAGGCCGUCUACAUCAGGUCGAAUACGCCAUGGAGGCAGUCAAGCAGGGAUCUGCGACGAUCGGUCUGAAGAAUGAGGAUUAUGCCGUCCUUCUUGCGCUGAAACGAGCAUCCUCCGAGCUCUCGGCACAUCAGAAGAAAAUCAUACCGAUCGAUCUCCACGUGGGGGUCUCUCUCGCAGGUUUGACAGCCGAUGCGCGAGUCCUCUCGAAAAUCAUGCGCAACGAAUGCCUCAACCACAGAUUCGCCUUCGAUUCCCCGCUCCGUAUCGCCAAACUUGUCUCCUAUAUGGGGAACAGAAUGCAGUCUUGUACACAGGGUUACGAUAGACGUCCAUAUGGGGUUGGACUCUUGAUAGCGGGUUACGAUGACAGUGGACCUCAAAUCUACCAGACGUGUCCGUCAGCUAACUUCUAUAACUGCAAGGCGAUGGCGAUCGGCGCCCGUAGUCAGUCUGCGAGAACUUACCUUGAGAAUCAUCUCGACGAAUUGAAAACCGCAUCCUUGGACGAUCUAUUGAGGCACGGACUACGAGGCUUGCGGGAUUGCCUGCCGAACGAUGUGGAACUCAGCAGUAAAAACGUGUCGAUCGCCAUCGUCGGUAAAGAUCGGAACUUCACCAUCUACGAGGAUGAAGGAUGCGAACCGUUCCUCGCAAUGAUUGCGGGUGAGGAUCGUGGUCGCGGUGAGCGACCACCAGCUGCAGAUGAUCCCGAGGAAAUGGAACGGUAGACCAGCUCGCUCAAUCACCAUCGGGAGACUUCGAUCAGAGAUUGGGCGCAUGAUGGACAGGUUGACCAUCGCGUUAUUUAAUACUUUUCGAGUUUCUCGACCUUCAUCCUCAAUAAAAUAUCGAUCGCAUGGUUUUUACAACA